AAGGUAUUGCGCGUCCGGGGCGCGAGGAGGAGCGAGGAAGAAGAGAGAAAGAGGGAGGCCUGGAGAGAGUAAUGAUCGUGACGACGACGGUCGCGCGAACAAAUGAACACCUCGGCACAGCGUUCGGGAUAUUCCAAUCCCAUUUCUGUCAUUGCAGAGAUGUGAGGAAUGAUCACGUGGGUGAUGGUCGGGCUGCUCCUGGCUGCGGAAACUUGCGGCAGAAACGUCCUCUCCGGAAACGGAAACGGAAAGGAGGAGUCGAAGCAGAAGGACGGGCUGAAGGGAAUAACCGCGGAGGAGGAAGACAUCUACCGUCUAACGUGCUACACUUGCGUCAACGUCAGCGAUAACCAGAUGUGCAACGAAUGGGCGAUAGAUACACCGUGUCCGGCGGGCGGCCGGGACUUCUGCAGAUCGCUGCACAUUUUGGACAGCCGAGGGAAUAGCGUGUUGGUGAGCAAGAGCUGUGUGAGCAGCGCGGAAUGCGGCCCUGCCUCCGUCGGUUGCAUCCCGGUGGACACGCAGCAGAUCUGCAUAAGUUGCUGCGACCUGAGCUACUGCAACAUCGAGUCGCCGACCAACUCCACCAACGCCAUUUUCUCGCGCAAACGGCGCGCCAAAUCGAAGUCGAAACGCAAACGACCCGGUAGGAACGGGGUCGAGGGCAACCGGUUCUACGGGGGUGGCGGCGCGCUCUGGCUCCUGGCCUCACUCUUCUAUGCAUAUCAUUGCUGAGGAAGCAGCAACGCGGAAGAAUUCUAGUUAGAAGACACGCGCACCAGGCAGCUCGGGAAAUGAUCCUUCUUCUCCUACGAGUUUCGCGGGACGUGAAUUGAAAUUAUCCCGCGAGAUCUGUCUAUUUCUCUAUUCGAACGGAACGAUCCUAUAUAUAUCCUUGUACAUUCUCUCGUCUUCUCGACUGAUAGCAUAUCCAUUUUUCCUUUCUUCUUCUUUUCUUUUUUUUUCAUCAUCAUCAUCAUCAUCUCUACAUUCUCUCGUUAUUUCGUGUUAUUCGUGAUUCUACGCGUAUACUAUCGCGAAGCUUCGGAAAAUCUUUGCCCUAAAGAUUUCCACCGUUUCGUCUAUCCCUAUCGACGACGCGGAAUAAAUUGCGGGAAACGUUACGAUAUUGUAUAUCGACACGAACGAUCGAGUAUUCUUACGGCGUAAGAUAGUGAAAUUAGGAGUCUGUUCGUCUUCUAUUUCCUUCGUUAACCGAUCCGAGUUCCGAUCCCCUAACGAAGGGGAGGAGGGUUUGUCGCUCAGGAUCAAGCUUCCGACGAAUCCUGCGCUGUCUGAAUAGUAUGUAUAGUAUAACCGAGGGCCGAUUCAAAGACUCUCAGUGAUGGAAAAAGGAAUUGUUCUCUUCUCGUAGUAGCGUAGUUGCUAUGCCUUGUUAGAAAACGAAGAAGAAAAAAAAAAAAAAGAAAAGAAAAGAAAAGAAAAGGAAAAAA